AUGGCGCCAGGAGCGCUGGCAAGGCGCGAGCUGGCGAGAUCAGCACUGGAGCGCUGCGCCGGCAGGAGAGGACGCGCCCUGGCGCAGGGAGCCGCCAGCUCCAGCAAAGCAGAUCAACGAGCACAGAAGGUAAUCGACUCAGUGGCGGCCUGCACGCUGGACCAGGCCACCACCCACCCAAAGUGGCAGGCGCCCCCGGCCGACCGCGCAGGCAUCCAGAAGUUCUUGAGCACCGCCGAUCAGAGGCUGAGGAAGCUGGGCGACCUGAUCAUUGCCAAGCAGGCCGCGGGGGACAGCACUGAAGAGCAGUUACGGGAGAUCGCGUAUCAGAAGCUGGUCACGAGAAGGCCGAACGACCAGCUGCAGGUGCUCAGCAAGAGGCGCAAGGCCGUCAAACUCGAAGUCAUCGCCCUAGAAGCCAAGUCGAACGAGCUGCGGGACGACCUCAAGGCCAAGCAGCAGGAGUUGAGGCAGCUCGAGUCCAACGUCGCCGACGUGAGGGCUGUGCUUGCCGACGGCGGCGCGGCGGACGACGAGGGCGACUGGGACACGGACGGGUUCGGCUUGGCACCGAGCUGGGAUGCUUUCCACAAGGCUGUGAUCGACAGGCGCCUGAACAGCGAAGCACCUGGUGACGGACUCCCAGCUUGGCCAUCAGGAGUGGUAGGGCAAUCGCCACGACCAAGAGCCAGCUCGGCAGGCAGCGCAACCAGAGGCUUCGCAGAUCAGGUGGCCAAGGCAAAUGCGGAGCGGGCCCACCAGCAGCAGCGCCAUGCCGAAGCCGAGCAAGAGUUCGCUGCCGAACUGGCGGAAGUAAGGAGGAUCAAGAGGCAACAAUACGAGCAGCUCGAGUUCGCGGCGCAGAUGGAGGCCAGAAUAAUCAGCCAUGACACAGCCUUCACUCAUGCCAAGGCAGAGGCGGAAGCCGCGACACACCGGGCAAUUCACCUGCAUGAGCAGCUCGAGCAAGUACGAGCGGAGCACCUGGAGAAGCCGCAACCCCAGGACGGCGCCUACCAAGACCUAAUGAGGGCAAGAGCCGAGGCACAAGAGUCACUGCGACGGGCCCAGCAUGAGAGCGCCCAAGCGACAGCUGCAGCGGGUAAUCUCAAGCAGCAGCUCGCCAGGCAGGAGCUGGUCAUGGAAGAGAAGCUCCAGGAGGCCAAAAAGAACCACGCCCUCGAGAUAGAAGCUGCCGCCGAAGCAGCCAGGGCCCAGGCAAUCGACCAGGCUCAAGUGGUUGCCAACGCCAAGGGAAAAGGGGCCCUCCCGCCGGCAGAGGCGGCCAGGCUGCAAGGGAUCGUCCAGACAGCAGCACGGCAGCAGGAGAGGCUCAAGCAGACCAAAAACGAGCUCGAGGCAGCUGAAGCCCGAAUACACGAGCUACAGCAGUACUCCAAGCUUGAGGCGGGCGCUGCGCAGCGGGCAGCACAGGUGGCAUAUCAUGAAGCAGCGGAGCUGAGAAGCGCCAACAAGGAGCGGCAAGUCCCGCAUGAGGUGCAGGCUUUGCAGUUCGCCCUGCUAAGGACCAGAGCAGAGGAGGAGGAGAUCGCGAAGGCCAGCCUGAAGGACAAGGAGGCAAUGCGGGCAGAGCUCGAAGGCAGCGUUGAGGGAAUAAGGGCGAGUCUCACCCGCCAAGUCAUGAUAGAAGAGGCGAACGCACAUGACUUGCAGCUGCACACAGAGAGCCUGCGACAGGAACUGAGCAGCUACGCGGUGCAGCUGAGCGAGCAAAAGUCCAACGCAGAGGUGCAGGAGCAGGCGCUCGAGGAGGAGCUCGCCCAGGCCCUCACCUUCAGGAUCGCCAGCAUGGAGGAGGCCUCCGCCAUGGAAGACUUCGCCAGUCAGCAGAGGACGGGCAGGGAGGAGGCUAUCCACCUUGCGCUGCACGAAAGCCUCCAGCGCUCCAGCAUGCUGCACACCGAGCUAGACGCCAUCGCAAAGAAGGAGCAGCAGGGCGCGUCGGAGACAGAGGAGCUUAAGCUGAGGAUGCAGAGCCUGGAAGCCAUCGCAGCUAGCAGGGAACGCGAACGCAAGGCCAUGGUCAACCUGUACGCCGAGAUGAGGCAAUACGGACAGGAGGGCUACGACUUCACCAAGAGGGCAGCUCACCAUCUCGUCCAAGGGGGCCACCUCCCAACGUCCCAAGAGUCCAUGGACGACUACCAGGAGGCCGCCGACCUGUACGAGGAAGCCAGAGGAGCAGCCGAGGCAGCGGCCGCCACACGUGACAGGUCCAGGAGCCCCGACAGGCCAGACCCGCACGAGGAGGCAGAGAGAUACGAGCGCGAACAAGAUGAGUUGCACAGACAAGCUGCUGAGGAGAAAGCACAAUGGGAAGCCGUACAGAUGGAGGAGGAGCUGGAGUCCGUAGUGAGGGACCACGAGGCGAAGGAGAUCCAAAGGCGCUACUACGAGGAGGCCCCCCUGACCCAGUUCGGCACAGCGGGCACGCAGGACUCACGAGUGGAGGACGACGGCUCGGAGCACGCGCCGAUGAUCUACCCCGCCAGGUGGCCGCCCUGGAGCCAGGAUCACCCCACACCCGAUGAGAGCGACGAGAUGAGGGGGAUCACGCAGCACGAGGCAGACACAGACCUGGCAUCCACGUCAAGGGCUAGCUCGAUACCAGCAGAGCAAGGAGACCCUCCCACCCCGACAGCAUCUCAGGUAAUCCUCAUUCCAGCAUCGCCAGCGCCACUCAGCGAGAUGUCACUCACGCCCACAGUUCCAUUCGGGCAUGAGGAGCAGCGCCAGAACGCGGAGGCGGCAGGGGCCAGCAUCGAGAGGCAGUAUGAGGGCAUCGACAUCAUGACGCGCCAGCACACCUCGGCCGCCGCCGCAGCUGCAGCCCUCGAAGAAGCGUUCGGUCCAGUGCCCGCAUUUCCAGGAGAAGACAUCAGCCAGGCCCACAAGGGUCAGCGGAUCGAGAACGUGGAAAGGACCUUUCUCGACGGUCAAAGCUCGGCUGGCAGCGAGGCAGAGGAUGGCAUGGAGCAGUGCUACGAGAACUGGAGGCAAGCGCGCGCAGUUGCAGCCUUCCGAACAGCCCAGCGGAGUGCACGCCGCGCACGGCGUGCUGCGGAGAGCCACAGUCGUCGGGACAACAGCAGCAGCCACAACAGAUACCACGACCUGGCGGUGGAUCCACACCCGUCGGGCUCAGCAGCUCAACCAGCAGCACCUGUGCCCCCAGAACCAGUAGCCGAGACACUUCGUGGCCGAGGCCGAGUCAACGUCUGCGACGACGUCGACACUACGACCCUGCACAGCAUGGCAAGGUUGGCGUUGGAGAUGUGCCCAUCACGAGAGCUGCCGACCAGGCGGACACACAUCUACACGGACGGCAGCUACAACGGCAUCCCACACUCAGCCGCCUGGGCAGUUGUCAUUGUCGACGAGUACGAAGACGGGAGCAACCUGCGAGGCCCGUUCAGCUUUCGGGGUUCCAUUGCUGGCAAAGUCACCGAAACCCUAGACGAUAUGGUCAACAACGAGAAGGUGACGGCAUACACAGCGGAGCUCACGGCAGUACUUUGGGCGUUGAUGUGGGCCCUUGGUCAAGAUACCGACGCGCCCAUCGAGAUCACGCCUGACGCCCUCAACGUCAUCAACCUGGCCAAAGAUCAAGCCUCGGCCAGCGACCUGAUGGACCCGAACAUUGCAGCCGUACAGGCGAUCGCCCACAACAAGUUCCUCUCCUGGGAAUGGCUGCGAUCAGCGCCAGACGCAGUCAAGGCCGCAUACCCGCCCCUGCGGCAUAAAGACUUCAUCAUUGAGGCCACUCAGCCGCAGGCAGCCCCAGGAGCGAUCCAGAGGCCCAUCAGCACUAUCACCAUCAAGGCCGACCUCAACGUGAACCUAUGCACGUACAACUGCAGGUCACUCAAGGCCACCGUGAGCUUCAAGCCGGGCAAAGGCAAGGCGGCCGGCAAAAGCAAGCAGAGCCUCUCCAAGGCCACGCACCUAGCAGCACAGUUUGCUGACAUGGGCCUGCACGUCAUCGCCCUGCAGGAGACCCAGAGCGAAGGAGACGUCCGCAAUGUAGGUGAAUACGUCUGCUACUCAUCAGGCCACAUGCAGCAGAACAGAGGGUGCGACAUCUGGCUCAACGUCUCCCAACCAAUCAGCACGAGUGGGGCAGCGAAGUACCUAAGUGCCAAAGACACCCUCGUCCUCCACCAGCACGACAGGCUCUUGAUCAUCAAGACCCGCGUUGCAGGCACAGAUAUGGUUAUCGCAUCUGCAUACGCACCCCACGAAGACUCCCACGCGGCGGAGAAGAGAGAAUUCUGGGAGUCUGCUAAGCGAUUGUCCGACAAGUACCGAGUGGACAUCUUCAUGGGGGACCUGAACGGGCGUCUUGGCGACUACGAGUCCCCAGGAGUUGGCACCAGCGGGUACCCAGAAGUGACCAACGGCAACGGCAAGCACAUCAUCAGCUUCGCUGCCGACACUAACAUGGAGGUCAUCAACACCACGAGGGAUCCAGGCAGCAACUCAUAUACGCACGUCGGAUCGAAGGGGCAGCGCCACAGGAUAGACUACAUCCUGCUGAACUCCUCGAUCGCCCCAUACGUCGCGAGCUGCAGCACGGAGCCAGGUCUGGACCGAGGCACAGCUGCACAAGACCACAUACCAGUGCUAGCCAGCCUCAAGUGGGCCGUCUGCAAGACCACCAAGGCCUCAGGACCGAAGCCCGACCUGACCAACUUGAACAACGACGUCGCCAAGGCCAGCUUCAAGAAAAUACUCAAGCAGGCCCCGAUCAUCCCAUGGGAGGUGGACGUCAACACCCACUGCGAGGAGGCCACCAGGGUCAUUAACGACGCGGCCAUCCAGGCCUUCGGCAAGGCCUCCAGGGCAACGAGGAAGCCCUAUGUCACCAAGACUACCAUGGGCCUGAUCCGAGCCAGGUCUGGGCCCAUAGUUGCCGCGGCCGUCGAGAAGGACCGAAGCGCAUUCCUCAGUCGGCUUGCCUCGACAGCGUCCUCCGCCUCAGCUGCGAACGACGCUGCGGCCCAGUGGAAGGCUUACCGAGACCUACUAAGGUACGGAGGGAGGAAGGCGAAAUUCCCAGCAGGAAAGCCCAUGCGGCUCGACAAUGAUGGAGAGGUGAUCCACAACUCCCAGGAAAUGGCGGACCAGGAGCUCAACCAUUUCGCGAAGAUACAGGCGGGGAAGAUCGUGACAGCGGAUGACCUUGCUGACAAGUACAAUCACGACAGCAAGACCAGGCCCUUCGACGGCAUGCUGGAUCUCUCCAUGGUGAUGCCCCUGGCCGUCUGUCAGGCCCAGUUCGCUGCGGCCAAGGCUGGGACGCAAGGAGGCCCCGACGGGCUCACGAACGCUGUCCUCAGGGCGGCCCCCACGGAGGCAGCGAGGCUACUGCACCCCCUCUUCACCAAGGUGGCGACCACCGUGCGAGAGCCGCUGAGCUUCAAGGGUGGAGACCUGGUCGCAAUUCCCAAAGGAAAAGGCGACCCAAGGUACCUCCAAGCCUACCGCGAGAUCCUCUUGAACAACGUUCUGGGCAAGCACCACCACAAAUACCUAAGGACCAUGCUCAACACUACCCUCGCCAUAGCGCUGGAGGACAUCCAGGUUGGCGGCCGGCCCAAGCGAGGGGCGGACAUGGCGGUCCUUGCAGCACGCCUCUUCACCGAGAGAAGUCAGGCCCAAGGGAAGUGCUCCAUGAUAAGCUGCUACGACUUAAAGGAGGCCUUCUACUCGGUUGUAGUCCAACUGGUACAUGGUAUCCCAGGUGAAGAGGACGAAGUCCAGGAGGUGCUAGAGAACCUCGAGGUUCCCCUGUGGGCCCAGCCGCAGCUGGAACACCUCAUGGCCAACCCAGGGAUACUCGACACAGUGUUGGACGGCUCCCACCUGGCUGCCCUCAUUGCAGAAGGAUAUCGCAACAGGUGGACAUCACACAGGUUUUCCCAGAACCUUAUGGCACCGCACAAGGGCACGAGGCCUGGCGUGCCCCUGGCCGACGCGGACUUCAAUCUGCUAUUCGGCCGAGUCCACCGCAUGAUUGACAACUACCUGGCGCAGCGAGGAGAAAAUGCGGAAGCCGACGGCAUCGCGGAGCUCCUCGCGCUGGGGGCCAUCGCGGAGGCCGACGGCACCAUGGAGCUCCUCGCGCUGGGCACCAUGGAGCUCCUCGCGCUGGGGGCCAUCACGGAGGUGGAGAUCGUGAGGCAGAUUACAGAGGCGCUCGUGUGGGGCGAGCAGAACGACUCCAGUCUGUUCGACUUCUUCUGCGAGAAGAGCAUCCUCGCCGACUUCAUCCGGGUGCUGAGCCUCGCCCAGGCGCCGAAGACGGUCAAGGUGCAGCUCCUCCAGACGCUGUCGAUGCUGGUGCAGAACAUCCGGCGGGAGACCUCCUUGUACUACAUUCUGAGCGCGAACUACGUCAACAGGCUGAUCGAGCUGCCGCUGGACUUCAGCAACGAGGAGAUACUGGCCUACUACAUAACUCUGCUGAAGUCGCUGGCCAUGCGCCUGAAUGACGAGACGGUGAAAUUCUUUUUUGUCCAGCACCCAGAUCAGCCAGAGCCCCGGUUCCCCCUGUACAUCGAGGCCACGAAGCUCUCUGGGCACAAGGACCAGAUGGUGCGCGCCACGGUGCGCACCAUCACGCUGCAGGUCUACCCGAUCAAGUACGAGCCGAUGCGGAGAUUCGUGCUGCGCCACGCUUCCGAGUCGUACUUCGAGGGUCUGGCCUACCACCUGAUAGAGCUCUGGUACCGCCUGGACGCCGCAGCAUUCGGCCUGCGGCCGGGUAUACUUCUUGGCCCGCGCGCCGCGCCGCGGGUCCUGGCCCACCACGCCUCGGCGGUGCACGCUGGUGCAGGGGUACCUCCAUGGAAGGCUAAACUCAGUGGGACGGGCAAGGUUUUGCAGGAAGACGACGACGCUACCAAGAGGACCAAGAUCCAGGCGCAUACUGUCCAGUACGAGUCGGUCUUCCAAGGUUCCCCAGGUGAUGACAGCGACGCGGUCAAGGUCGCUGCGAACGAUAAGUUGGGCCAGUUGCGGGAGCAGGCACGAGGCAAGUCGAAACGCGACCAGCUGCCUGCUAAGGGGGCUGAGAUUGCGACCUUGGAAGUCGAGUUCAAGCGCACGGCCAGCCUCGUCGGCCCGUCGCCGUCGCCCGAGUCUGGCAAGGUCAACCCCAGUUACGACGUCAAGGACGAGGACGUGGAGGACGACGAGCUGCAGAGUUUGCUGUCCCCGACCCUCUGGGGGAAGCUCCAGUGCUUUCUCAAGUCCAAGUUCGAGGCGGCUACAGCCGCUGGCGGUGGCGGCGAGUCCAGCAAGCGUUCCUUUGACGACCUCUCCGUGGAGGAGAAUAAGGAGCUCUUCGAGGCUGGCAAGGGCGGCGGCUGCAGCGCCUUCACCGAUCGCAUCCGCGAGCUGGCCAAGAAGUUGUGGACUCGGCAGCGCCAGCAGCACUUCCAGCAGACUGGAGUAUGCAUCGUGCUCUAG